CUUUUCAUAUCCCAACCCUUUCUUUUUUCGAGUUUCCUUUGAAGUAUAAAAACAAAUUUCCUCUUGGUUCCAAUUCAGGAAAUUAUUAGGUUUAGUAACACAAUCAAGAUUCAAGAAGUCUUGCAAUAAAAUGGAAAUGGUGGAAUUGACUGGCCGAACCCAAUUAAACUUCUUCUCCUGAACCCAUUUUCGCAGCAGUUUUUUUCGGAAGAAAUUCUGUAUUUUCAAAUAAUCAAAAUGCAGAGACAAUUUUGUAUCAAGCUCUUCUCCGAAAUUUCCAGAAAUGUCUCUAACCCAAACACCAAUUCGAUCUUCUCAGAACCCUGUUUUUCAUCAUUUUUUAAAACCAAUACAAGUCCAUUUUCUCACCAGCUUCAUAGUCAGUCUUUCUCUCGGUAUUCUACUCUUACAGGGCAACAUUCAUUGAAAUCACAUACUACUGAUGCAGUUUUACUGAAAAUCCGAUAUGGGUUUUGUUUCUCAAACCCAAUUCUUGCUAAGCGAUUUUUUUCGAACACCCUUUUGAAAGGUCAAAGCAAAUGUCCUGUUAAUGUCGCAAAGAGAAAUUUCCACUCAUUUGAUUCUCGUCGCCAUGGCUGGAGAUCAUGGUUUCAAAGGCUUACAACUGAUGGAGUUGUUAUAGGCUUGAUUGUAACAAAUGUUGCUGUCUUUCUAUUAUGGAGAGUUGCUGACACUCAAUUUAUGAUGAAGAAUUUCACAAUAUCCGUUGACAAUUUUACAAGCGGACGGGUGCACACAAUGAUAACUUCGGCAUUCAGUCAUACAGAUUUGGGGCAUCUUGUGGCUAAUAUGAUCGGCCUUUAUUUUUUUGGAAUGAGUAUGGGAAGAGCUUUUGGACCUGAAUAUUUGCUGAAGUUGUAUCUAUCUGGAGCUGUUGUUGGCUCAAUUUUUUACCUGGUAUAUCAUGCCUUAAUAGCUCCAUCAUUUGAGAGAAAAAGAAUGCCCGGCAUGGUGUCUAUUGACCCGUCAAAAAUUCCAGGAUUGGGAGCAAGUGGAGCUGUGAAUGCAAUUAUGCUGCUGGAUAUAUUUCUUUUUCCGACAAAGACGCUCUAUUUUGACUUUAUUAUACCAGUUCCGGCCAUUUUACUGGGAAUCUUUCUUAUUGGAAAAGACAUCUUGAGGAUAUUGGAGGGAGAUCAUCGAGUUUCUGGAUCUGCACAUUUAGGUGGAGCUACCGUUGCUGCAAUAGCAUGGGCACGAAGUAGGAGGGGGCGUUUUCCCCGUUUCUGAACUCACAUUUCAUCUGUAUAUGGUUUCAACUCCGGACUAGGCAAGUUCAGUGUGUUUAAAUUUCUAAACAGUAGUAGCUAACAAGAGAUUGAACUUCACUAUUCGUGUUUAGUGCAGAAUGCCAUUAUAUAUCUUCAAAGUGUGGACAACUUUAAACCAGUCACCAAGUAUAAUUCUUUUGCAUCUCUCA